ACACAUCAUUUCAGUUGAUUCUUUGUUGCCGAUCAAGUUGUUAGUUAUUAGAAUGGCGCGCGUUUCACUUGUAAUACUGGCACUGGUGUGUUUUGCUUUCGUGCCCAGUCGUGUACAAGCUGCGAAAAUACUCGUGGUAUUUCCUUUCACGGGUCCUUCGCAGUACUUGCUCGUUCAACCGUAUUUGAAGACAUUGGCGGCGCGCGGCCAUGAAAUCACUUCCGUUUCGGUUUUCCCACAAAAAACACCAAUAAAAAAUUUUCGUGAUAUAACAUUAAAAAUCGAAGAAGCCGAUCAUGAUGAAAUAGUAAUCGCUGCUAUCGAGGAAAUGUCUCGCGGCAAAAUGCAACAGUUAAAUUUGGUAAAGGAAUAUGUAUUGCCCGCUACAUUGUCAGUGCUGACUAAUGAAGAAUUUCAGCAAUUACUACGAGGCAAUGAGCACUUCGAUCUCAUCAUUGUAGAAGUAUUCUGCCAAGAAGCACUUUACGCACUGGGUUCACAUUUUAAAGCGCCCAUGAUUGGUAUCUCCACAUUUGGUGCUGAUGUGGUUAACGAUCAACUGGUGGACAAUGUUUCGCCGGUGUCAUAUGUCUCAGCCCCAAGUGGCCAAUAUUUGGAUUGUGUGGAUUUCUGGCAGCGAUUAGAUAAUUUAUAUAUCAACACCGUUGAAUGGCUCUACGAUUUAUUUGUUAUAUUGCCUGCUCAACAGCGUUUGUACGAAACGUAUUUUCCAAAUGUCACAUUAGAUUUAAGUGAGGUGCGUAGAGAUUUCUCUCUCCUGCUGCUCAAUCAGCAUUACUCAUACAGUUGGCCUCGACCGUUGGUACCGAACGCAAUUGAAAUCGCCGGCAUGCAUGUUGAACACAUUCCAAAGAAACUACCAGCCGAUAUGGAGGCUUUCAUCAAUGCCUCGCCAAAAGGUGCUAUCUAUUUCUCACUCGGUUCGAACGUAAAGAGUGCAUAUUUGCCAAAAGAGAAAAUAAAGGCUAUUAUGGAUGCCUUCGCUUCGUUACCGGUAAACGUGUUGUGGAAGUUCGAAAAGACCGAUCUGCCGGGUAAACCUAAAAAUGUCUUUAUCAAUAAAUGGUUUCCUCAGCAGGACAUACUUGCACAUCCCAAAGUGAAAUUGUUCAUCACACAUGGUGGCAUGCAUAGUACCAUAGAGGUUGUGCAUCAUGGCAAACCGAUUGUGGGUAUGCCCGUCUUCUACGAUCAGCAUUUGAAUAUACAGCACAUUCUUAAAAAAGGUUUCGGUGUGGCAGUGAAUUUUAAAAAUUUUACGAGUGGAGAAUUGCGGGAUGCCAUUUUAGAAGUGUUAAACAAUCCGAAGUAUGCCGAAAGUGCACGAGAGAUCUCAGCACGCUUUCACGAUCGACCAAUGAAACCGCUCGAUGCAGCGAUCUAUUGGACGGAGUAUGUGCUGAGACAUAAAGGUGCACCACAACUGCGUGUGGCAGCGCGUCAUUUGAACUUCCUGCAAAGGAAUAGUGUAGACACAAUGGCAGUAUUGUUUGGUAUUCCAAUUUUGUUAGUAAUUUUAAUAGGUUGUAUUUUAUAUAAAUUAUUUAAGGCAAUAUAUCGCAACGCAAAUAACACGAAAACUAAUCUUAAGAAGAGGAAAAAUGAAUAAAUUAGUAAAUAUCUUAAAUUGAACCUCUUGAAACAAACACUCUUAUAAUGCGUGAUAAAACGAUUUCUAAGGCUUACUACAAGAGCCAGACUACGUCCACUUUAAAAGCAUGUAUGUAUGUACGAGUUUAAUGCUUUGAUGACUUGCAGAAAUUUGUUAGA